UGGAUCAGGCGCAGACGCAAGCCCAUCCUUCGACAGGCAACCUCCCUCUCCGCAGUACACGCGUCGGGUCCAUACAAGGCGGACGUCCGUGUCGCUCAGACGCUGGCAAGAACACGCGUCGGGAUGCAUCGCACUGCGGAGUCCUGCGGCCCCAAGGUCCGUCCUCUGAGAGCUGCAACGUGUCUGCUCGCACGCUGACCUGUGAAUGAAAGCAGCCAGCGGGCUCACUCCCAGUUCCGUCCAGCAGCAACUCGGACACUAUGGCCAUCCUGCAGUCGUGUUGCUGUUGGCGCUCCCUCCGGACCGGCAGCUAUGCCAGCGCCAUCUACACCGCAGGCUACUUCAGCGUGACCGUGCUGAUAAUGGGGCACUUCGUCCACUCCGAGCAGCUCUACUGGAGUGGGAACCACACCGAGCCUCAGAGUGACAGCCUCCUGGAGCCCGACGUCAUCUCCCCCACCUCCAUGGUGCUGAACGUGGUGCUGCUGGCAUGUGCGUGCUGUGGGGUCCUGUCAUCUCUCCUGCUCAUAUACGGAAUUUACAAGGACCAGAGGGCCUUCCUGGUGCCCUGGAUCCUGACAGUCCUGCUCACAAUGUGCGUCGACGUAACGCACAGCGUCUACCUCUUCGUCCUCCAGACGACGAGGUUCAACCCGCUGACAGCCAUGUUGUUCACACUGGACUUCUUCCUGCUCUGUCUGAACGUCUACUCCCUGCUAUGCGUGAUAUCGCAAUACCAGGAGUACAAGGCAGGCCGGGGGACUGCGAACAGCGGCGCCUUCCUCGGGCGGAUGGCUCCACAAGUACGCUACACGCCCCGGGCGACGGCUACAAGCUGUCUGAGUACACGAAGACCGGCCACGUACCACGAGACGACGCAGAGCCCCACGGCGCCGCAUUCGACGCUGCUCCUACCUGACGACGGGAGCCGCUCGCAGCGACCCAGCAUUAAACACGUCCAGUUCCCCGACGAGGCGUUGCCGUCCAACCAAACGUCCGAGGCGGAAGCAGCUAGCGGAGAAGCAGAGGCUGGUGCAGUUCUGGCUAUUGAGGAACCCUGGGGGCCUGGAGGCGGCAAGACACCACCUCUCAGAAGUCCCGGUGUUGAUACGGCACCUCUCAUUGCCUCUGUGCCUCACACUGAAGACAGGGAGGAAUGGAGCAAAUGAUGUGAUCCUUUUGAACUGUCCAUGUCUCAGUGGGUGAGGUUUCUUCCUGCAUUCUGUGUCCAGUACAUGCAAACAAGAGAGGGUGGGAAAUGACUGCAGAACCAAAAUAAACUGCGAGGUACGCUCUGUGUGCAUGACUGAGUUUUACAUCGACUAUCUGAAUGUAUUUAAACGUUACUUCCAUGACGAAUAAAUGUAUUAUUUCAAGACUGUGGUCUUCUUGAACCUGACUCCAUGAAGUUUGGUACCUAAUUACCAAGUUUCAUGGUGUCACAUCCCAAAAGGCCAUAUCUUGAUACUCACUGCCAUGAGAACUUCAAAUCUAACAAUGUCCUCUCAAACGGUACGCAUUUCCUUAUUAAUAAUGGUUAUAACAAGAGGGUUACUGUAAUUAAGCAUCUUGGCAUGAAAAAUACGAGGGAGUGGAAGUAUCCCUCCGUUCUUCCUUUGGCACAAGACAGAGGAGGUCGGCUUCAUGCCCUGACUGCUUGAGACACAGUAAAGAUAUCCCAUGAAAAGAUAUCAGACCAAGAAGUAAAUCCACUGGAACUUGCUAAAAUGUGGUGUAACAGAUAAAAUUUAACUCUAGCAAUACCAAUGGGCCAGUACGUUCUGCUCACCUUUUACUUUUAAUUCUGCCUUGUUUUCAGAUGAAUGACACUACUCAUUUACAAAUGGUUUCAACUGGUAGUGUAUUGAGUAUUGAGUAUAGAGGGGGUGGGCUUCCCCAUGCACUUAGACCAGUUAUU